CCGUAUGCGGCGAAAGACUAUAAGUGCCAUUCAAGCAGUAAAAAAUAAUCAAUAUUGUACCAUCAAUGAUGACGGUAAGCUCUUUCUUAAAAAGGAUCACAAAUAUUUUUAUCAAGUAAUGGGUCAAUUGCGGAUAACUGGUAAAAAAUGUUGUUAUUUUGUGAUAUAUACAAUGCAAUGGACCAAUAUUCUAAACAUUUAUUAUGAUAGUGAAUUUUGGAACACUAAAAUGGUUGAAAAAUUAAAAAUGUUUUCCUUAGAAUGUUUGCUUGCGGAAAUAGCUGAUCCGCUUUACGGAAAGAGAAUGCAAAUUGAAGACAUCAGAGAACCAGCUCAUAUAACAAAAGCAAAAAAUUUGCAAAAGCAAAAAAUUGCAGCAAAACGACAAGCGGUUUAA